AUGUUGACAUGUGUGUACGCUUUUACCUUUACGCUACGACAAUAUCACCAUAUAAUGUCGUCGACAUCCCCAGGGGUGCUGCUCUACUGUCGUGGCUUACCGAUAGUCGACGAGAGCCAGCACCAGGUCCUCUGCAAAUUCUUGCUGAACAAGCCGAGGGCCAAUGCCAGCAACAUCGAUGCAAGCGUCUACGUGCCGAUGGGCGAGCACGGCAUCACAUUUGGAGCCGCUGUUGUACGCCUGGGUGCUGCUUCGGAGGCACAGCAAGUAAUUGAUCUUUGGAGCGGCACGCCACUGAAUGCACAACACAGGAUGUUCAUUGAUAGAGCCGAUGGGUCCUUCCGAUGCAGAGAAAUGCGAGAUGCUGGACUUAUCGAUAUGGCAAGGGUGGAGGCGUUACUGCCUCUUAGCUUCGCGAUCGCGGAGUCCCCGACUGAGCAGGACGGUUGA